AUGAAUUCGCAUUUUCUACUAUUUAUAACUCUUCCCUUUUUAGCUUAGUCAAACGAUCUUAGUUUCUUCACAAGUGCUCCUUUGCAAAAUUUAAAUGGUGUCCUGUAUACAGAAGGUUUAAAUUUUCUCUAAUACAAAGGUUGGAAUUAUGGAUGUACUUUUCCUUUUGCUUAAUUUCCGAGUGAUUAUAUGUUUUUUGGUCUCGAUUGCUUUUAUGGAAGCUUGACUGUAGAUGGAGCCUAUAUCAUGAUAUAUGAUCUUCCUCCUCAUCACACGAUUAAGAUAACAUUCAAAUAUAAAUCGUAAAUAUCUACCCAAUCAUUAGUUAGUUGAUGCUUUAGUCUAGCUCUAAUGAAUAAGAAUCUUAUCUUUUUGCUGAUGGAAAAAUUGUUUUUUAGUAUAGAAUUAUCUUAUUUAGCGAGACCAAUCAUAUCUAAUUAAACUUUGGAGCAUUUUCAACCCAAUUUUCCCAUUCAGCUGAAACUCUUCUUUUAGAGUAUUUGCAUUUAGGAGGGAAAAUAGCAGUAUCAAUUUGUCUAUUAUACUAGUUAUCAACAUCUGGAUUUCGAGAAUUUACAGUUGAUUUGCUAUAGUGCCCCUCUGGCUGCCAAACCUGUGAAUUAAACAACCUUGCUAUUUGUAAUAGUUGGCUCAUGGUUGAUUUUCAAAUGAAAGCCAAAGAAUUAUAAAAUUUCAAUAACGAUGGUUGGAAGCCACUUGGAGAAAAACCAGCCAACAUUAUUAAAUGCGGAAGUAUUAUAUUUGUAUAAGAAAAGGUUAGACAUAGUUUUAUUUUUUUGGAUUUUUCGAUAAGACAACGACAUUAGAAAAAACAGUAUUUCUAGAACCACAUUAUGCAAUAUAGGUGUAAUUUCUAAUAAUAUACAUUAAUUUUAAUCGAGAUACAAAGCCAAUAACUUCUGUUUUACUUGAUGAUGCAACAGUUUAUGAAGUUGUUGAACUACUUGAUGUUCUAAAGAUGAGGAUGUGUAACUUUAUACCUAUAGAAUAAACAACUCAACUCAGGGGCGAUCAAGCAAUCAGGGUUAAAGUUUAAAAUGCACAUAAUCAACCUAAUUUAAAAAUAACUCUUUCUUAACAAUAAGGUUCAGACAUUAAUACACCAUGGGGAAUUAGGGAUUUUAAAAUAUUAUUGAAAAAAUGCCAUUCCAGCUGCUUGGAGAGCUGUUCAGGUCCCCUCGAAUCUGAUUGCUAUAGUACAACUAAAGUUAUGACUUAAUUGAUUAGUUUUUUUACUGACCCUCUCCUUAAUUUACUUGAUGGAUGGAAUGAAGUUUCCGUUUACACUGAUAAUAAAAUCUGUAAUGGUCAGUAAAUUAUUGGAGGUUUGCAAGAUAUCUCACUUUAAAAAUUAUAAUACCCUAUUUUUGAUCUUCCAAAGCACAGUUAACUUACUAUAUCUCUUACAUUUUAUUAAAUAGAUUCGUUUCAAAAUAACGAAAAAUUUUAUAUUGAAGUUGAUGAUGUUAAAGAUUUCGAAUAAUAAUUACUUUAUAUUACUGAUUAUUCAGUUGGGACAAAACUAUGUGGAAAUUCUUAAUAACUUGACACUUCAUUUUAAAUCAAAGUCAAUUCUAUAGCCCAUACUUUUGAUAACGCCAUAAUUAAAUUUUACGUAUUAGGAACAACUACUGUUGGUAAUUAAAUUUUAAAAAUUAGGUCGUUGGGGGAUUAGAGAACUGUAGAUUUAAGCAGAUAAGAAAGUUUUUACCAAAUCAUUUGUAAAGGAUGAUAAAUCGAUGGUUUUUUGGUAUAGUUUUACAGAUGCCCUUCAAAUAAUGGAUUGUUAAAAUUAGAAUUUUAAACUAGUUUAUAUUUAGAGAGAUAAAAUCCUACGUAAACAACUCACAAGCAUUCCAAAUCACUAGAGGAUUUUAGUAAGUUUUGAAGUAGUUGUGAUAUAUCAAUUCAAAUUCAAUAAUUCUAGAUAUCUUUAUUUAAAUAUUGAUGGACAAAAUGUUUGGAAAUAAAACUUUAUCUUGACUUCCGAGAUUAGUCUAUGUGAUAGUACUAAUAGAAGCUAAAAAUUCUUUUUUGAAGCAUGGCUAGAUCAUUCAAGUUCGACAGCCAUAUUAGAGUUUUAAGCUGAUGGAAGUAUAUCAAAUAUAUUACAUACUCAUAGGUGGACUAUUAGAACCAGCCAUUUAUUUUGGUCUCAGAAAUAUUAAUAUAUAAUAUGAGAAGAUUUUGGUAUCCUGA